UUGUUGAUGGAAGUUGGAAACAUAGCAAAGUUUACAGGGAAGCCCAAGGCCAAGGUUCCCUGGGGCCUGCUUAUCAAGUCCCAUUUGGAGUAUCUGAGUUCCAAUUCCAUCCCAGAAGGAUUUGUGAUGAAAGAUCCUUCAAAAUGGACCAAGGCCGACAUGUGGAUGCUUUGGAAUCAUUGGAAUUCCCAAGAGGAGGAGGAUAAGGUGAUUGUUUCAUUCAUCAAGUGCAAAAAGGAGGAUGAGCCAUUGGGAAGGCCCUGGAACAGGAAAACCCCAUCCAAAAAGAGAGAGUGGAUGAGCCCUGGGGAGGACAGUGAAGCUGGGGUGGAGGCCAAGCCCUCAGAUUUAGGGGAAGAAAUUGGUGGGGCUGGUAUGACCCCUAUAGCAACUUCAUCAGGGGCCCAGGAUAUCCUUGACUCUGGGAGGGCCCCAUCUGAAGAUACCCCUCAUGAAUCCAGCCCUGCUUGUCAUGCCAAUGGGGACAGGGUGAAAUAUUUAAAGUCCCUUUGCAUCAUGCCCAGGUACCAGGAACUUGUUGAGCUUGUAGAUGGCUUGCCAGAGACAGAACCUGAUGCUGGACCAGUCAACCUGCCUGUCUGGGCAUCUUGGGCCUGGAGUGCCCAGUAUUUGCCCCAGGAGAUGCAUGGCAAUGGGGAUUCCUUCUGGAAGGCACUGUAUCAAUUGCAAAGUGAAAAGUUUGCAUCCACCCAGAAAGGUCUUACCAUUGUACUGGGAUUUGGUUUGUUGUGGAGGGAGUGCAAAAGAGCACAGGACAUAGAAUCAGAUGACCCUGAAGCUGCUAAUCUGGGCUUUUUGCUAGGCUCAGGUCUUGAUAUCCACAAGGGGGAAGAUGUUAUGGGUGCAGUGGGGCUGGUAGUUGCAAGACUGCAGCAGAAUUCUGGUGGCUCAAGCAGAGGGAUUGGUGCACAGGAAACAACUGGGGUCAGUGCAGGGGAUUCCUGUCCCACCCAGGGGGGUGGCAUGAAGGAAUCCUGGAAUACAAGAAAGGAUGUGAGGAAAAGAAAAAGGGGAGGCAGUGGGGAUGUUGAUCAGAAGAUGGCAAAGGAGGGUGAAGAGACAAGCAAGAAAUCAACUAGAGCUUGUCAACCAACCAAGAGAGCUCUGGGUCUUGGUCUAUAA